AUGGCUUAAAAUACAUAUUCUAUUUGCGUAGUUGGUUCUGGAAGUUUUGAUUUAUUCCUUUUGGUAAAUCACUUCCCAGUAGAGGGAGAAACUUUGCAAGCAAAUGACUCCUUUAUUAAGAACGGAGGUAAAGGAGCUAAUCAAGCAGUUGCUGCUGCUAAGUUAGGUGCAAAAACCAUUUUCGCAGGAUAGUUUGGUCAAGACAAAUAUGGUGAUGGUUUGGUAGAAGAAAUGUCUCAAUCUGGUGUUGAUAUGAGCAAAGUGAGAAGAUUAGCAAACGUUUAAACUGGUUAGGCUAUAAUUACUUUAAACAAAAAGGGAGAAAAUAGUAUUAUUAUUGUUGGAGGUGCUAAUACUCAUUAUGACCAUUUAAAUGUUCUACCUUAAGAAUUCAAAGAUGCAAUUUAGUCAAGCAGAAUUAUUCUUUUAUAAAAAGAGAUCCCUUUAGAGAUUAGUAAGUUAGCAGCAAUUUAUGCUAAGUAGCACAACAAGCUUGUUAUGCUGGAUUGUGGUGGUAGAGAUGAAGAUAUUCCAGAAGAGUUGCUUUAAAAUAUAGAUUUUAUUUCUCCCAACUAGUCAGAAUUAAAGAGAGUAAUGAACAUUAACUCAAGUGAUCAUGGAGAAAUAACCAUUGAUGAAAUCCGAUAAUAACUCUUAAGCAAAUAUCCUAAUUUAACUGUUGUGUUAAAGGAGGGUUCUAAGGGAAGUGCUGUUAUUACCAAAACUGAUUACUUACACGUAGACUCUGCUUCUUUAAUUAAACCUGAUAUCCUCAACACUUACAAAAUUGUUGACACAACAGGUGCAGGUGAUUGUUUUACUGCAGCUUUCUGUGUUGAAUUCGACAAGCUUUUCCCUUAGAAUGGAGUUUAAUAUGAAGAUGCCUUAGAAAAAUAUAAAAAGUGCUUGCUAUUUGCUAACUGCUCUGCCUUUGUUUGCAUUACAGUGAUGGGAGCAAUGCCUUCUAUGCCAAAGCUAGAAAGUGUGUAACAAUUAUUGUCUAAAGUUUAAUGA